AUGCUCGCCUCCGCGCUGCACGCGGAAGGCUCCGCGGCCGGCCCGCUUGCCGCAUGGGCGGCGGCGGCGGCGGCGGCAGGUCUAGACUUGAACGCAUGGGGCCUGCUAGGAUUGCUGGAAGAUGGCGCGGGGGAGGGUGAGGGGGGGCGGCGCGCGCAAGGGGAGGGGGACGCGGUAGAUCGGCGCUUGGCGGCGUUUCGUCCCCACGAGAACCCGCUUCUUCGCGACGCGCUGCUGAAGCAGAUGCGCGUAGUAGCCGCCGCACGAUCCGCUGGCACGCCGAUAGCUGGAGCUGAUGCAACCGUUGAUAUUUGCAUUAGUGAGUUUGAAGGCGUGCACUAUCGCGUACAGGUGGAAGAGACGGAUCCGGGCACGCUCCUUUUAUCCAUAGCGAUCCCGCAGGCAGGUCCCGAGGUGAUGACCAGCGCGGGACUGCCACGUGUCGGCGGAGCAGCGGGCGGAAGCGAUCUGGGGGAAGCUGUGGCGCGCGGAUUAGGGGGCGCGGGGGGGGAGUCGUGGGGAGGCGCGGGGAUGCUGACGAGUGUGGUGCACCGGAAGGGGCGGGUGAUGUUCGUGGUGUCGCGCGGGGCGAGUGUGACUAUAGUGAUUCCGAUGCGCUUUAAGGACAUGAAUGAUGCUGUCAUCGCGACUCAGUUCCUGCUGGAGCUCGAGGCCACGCGGCGCGAGGCGGACGCGGCGGCCAGGAGGGCCGCCGCCGCCGCCGCAGCCUACGCCGCAGCCACUCUGGAAGCCGCCAAGGCGCACGCGCAGGCGCUCCUCGACCCGCCAUUCUCCUUCUCGUAUGUUUGUCCUGAGGAGGUGCGGGAGGCGCCUAUUCAGUACCGGUCUGCGAAUGCUGGGUUUGCGUGCUUCCACGUGGGGAGGCGGCACUUGGAGGGGGGAAGCGGGGGAGGGGGCGGAGGAGGCGGGGGGGAAGGCGGAGAAGCGGGGUGGCGGUGGGAGCGCGUGGUGUGGGGGCUGGAGAGCUUUCACGGGGUGGUGGCGAACCAUGUGCGGUGGAGCAAGGUGUCCAUGCGCAGACGCAUGCGCGCCUGGGAAGAGCGCCUGCACCAGCGUCUUCCCCAACCCCCCCUGCCUGUGAUGCGCCACUCCCCCCACAAGGAGUCCCCCUCGCUCCCCCUUCCGCUGCUGGCUUGCGCGGAUGAUGAGGAGGAGGCGGAGGAGGAAGUGUGGGGGGAAGGGGGAGCGGAUGGGGGGAUUCAUGGGGCGGAGGCAGCAGCAUUGGCUGAGGAAGUGGCAGGGAUGAUGCGGGGAGGAGGGGAGGAAGGGGGAAGGGGGGAAGGGUCGAGAGGGGGGCGGAGAAAGGGGAGGAGUGGGGGGAAGGAAGGGGGGGAUGGGAUGGGGAGUGGGAAGGAAAGGAGGUUGAGAAGGAAAGGAUUAGAGGCAGGUAGGGAGGGAAGGAGGAGGGGGAUAAUGGAGGGAUAUGGGAUGGGGGGGGAUAGGGAAGGGCCAAAAAGACAGAAAUCAAGUGUGGGGAGGAAUGAGAAGGAGAAAGGGAAGGAGAAACAGAAGGAGAAGGAGAAGGAAGGAGGUAGGAGCAAAAAGAAACUUCUGAAGGGGAAGAGUGGGAAGAUGGGGAAAGGGUUGACAGGGGAUGUGGGUGGGAAGAGUGGGAAGGAGAGGAAGGGGAGGGAUGGAGAUCCAUGGAUGGCAGAGGAGCCUGAUGGUGAGGUGGAGCAGGAUUGGUUGGGGAUGGGUGAUGCCAUUCCAGCUGAUUUUUAUUCCCCUGCUGCUGAUGCCCCUGAUGGUGCUGAUGGUGCUGCUGCUGAUGCUAGAAUGUCAGAAGCUGAUGCUGAUGCUGAUGCGAGGGAUGCAGAUGAUGGGAAGGGGACGGGAGGGCAUGAGUUGAAGGCUGGUGGACUGAGGGAGACGAAGGGAGGUGAGGAGGUCCAGGAAGGGAGAAAAGAGGAUGAGAAGGAAAUGGAGGGAGAGGAGGUGAGGGAAAAGGAAGGAGAGGAGGUGAAUGAAUCAGGAGGUGAGGAGGAAAAGGAAAAGGGAGGAGAGGAGGUGAAGGAAAAGGAAGGAGAGGAGAAGGAGAAGGGAGGAGAGGAAGAGAAGGAAAAGGGAGGAGAGGAGGAGAAGAAAAAGGGAGGAGAGGAGGAGCUGGAGAAGGGAGGAGAGAAGGUGAAGGAAAAGGAAGGAGAGGAGGUGAAGGAAAAGGAAGGAGAGGAGGUGAAGGAAAAGGAAGGAGAGGAGGUGAAGGAAAAGGAAGGAGAGGAGGUGAAGGAAACGGGAGGAGAGGAGGAGAAGGAAAAGGGAGGAGAGGAGGACAAGGAAAAGGGAGGAGAGGAGGAGAAGGAGAAGGGAGGAGAGCAGAUGAAGGAAAAGGAAGGAGAGGAGGUGAAGGAAAAGGAAGGAGAGGACGAGAAGGAAAAGAGAGGAGAGGAGGACAAGGAAAAGGAAGGAGAGGAGGUGAAGGAAAAGGAAGGAGAGGAGGACAUGGAAAAGGGAGGAGAGGAGGAGAAAGAGAAGGGAGGAGAGGAGGUGAAGGAAAAGGAAGGAGAGGAGGUGAAGGCAAAGGAAGGAGAGGAGGUGAAGGAAAAGGAAGGAGAGGAGGAGGAAGAAAAGAGAGGAGAGGAGGACAAGGAAAAGGAAGGAGAGGAGGUGAAGGAAAAGGAAGGAGAGGAGGUGAAGGAAAAGGAAGGAGAGGAGGAGGAAGAAAAGAGAGGAGAGGAGGACAAGGAAAAGGAAGGAGAGGAGGUGAAGGAAAAGGAAGGAGAGGAGGUGAAAGAGAAGGAAGGAGAGGAGGGGAAGGAAACAGGAGGAGAGGAAGAGAAGAAGAAGGGAGGAGAAGAGGAGAAGGAAAAGAGAGGAGAGGAGGUGAAGGAAAAGGGAGGAGAGGAGGUGAAGGAAAAGGGGGGAGAGGAGGUGAAGGAAAAGGAAGGAGAGGAGGAGAAGGAAAAGAGAGGAGAGGACGUGAAAGAGAAGGAAGGAGAGGAGGGGAAGGAAACAGGAGGAGAGGAAGAGAAGGAGAAGGGAGGAGAAGAGGAGAAGGAAAAGGGAGGAGAGGAGCACAACAAAAAGGGAGGAGAGGAGGUGAAGGAAAAGGGAGGAGAGGAGGUGAAGGAAAAGGGAGGAGAAGAGGUGAAGGAAAAGGGAGGAGAGGAGGACAAGGUAAAGGGAGGAGAAGAGGAGAAGGAAAAGAGAGGAGAGGAGGACAAGGAGAAGGGAGGAGAGAAGGUGAAGGAAAAGGAAGGAGAGGAGGUGAAGGAAAAGGGGGGAGAGGAGGUGAAAGAGAAGGAAGGAGAGGAGGGGAAGGAAACAGGAGGAGAGGAAGAUAAGGAGAAGGGAGGAGAAGAGGAGAAGGAAAAGAGAGGAGAGGAGCACAACAAUAAGGGAGGAGAGGAGGUGAAGGAAAAGGGUGGAGAGGAGGUUAAGGAAAAGGGAGGAGAAGAGGUGAAGGAAAAGGGAGGAGAGGAGGUGAAGGAGAAGGAAGGAGAGGAGGGGAAGGAAACAGGAGAGGAGGACAAGGGAAAGGGAGGAGAGGGGGUGAAGGAAAACGGUGGAGAGGAGGGGAAGGAAACAGGAGGAGAGGAGGAGACGGAGAAGGGAGGAGAAGAGGAGAAGGGAGGAGAAGAGAAGGAAAAGGGAGGAGAGGAGGUGAAGGAAAAGGAAGGAGAGGAGGUGAAGGAAAAGGGAGGGGAGGAGGUGAAGGAAAAGGAAAGAGAGGAGGUGAACGAAAAGGAAGGAGAGGAGGUGAUGGAGAAGGAAGGAGAGGAGGGGAAGGAAACAAGAGGAGAGGAGGAGAAGGAGAAGGGAGCAGAAGAGGAGAAGGAAAAGAGAGGAGAGGAGGACAAGGGAAAGGGAGGAGAGGAGGUGAGAGAAAAGGGAGGAGAGGAGGUGAAGGAAACGGGAGGAGAGGGUGUGAAGGAAAAGGAAAGAGAGGAGUGUUGA